GGCGCAGGACGCGGCGGCGGCGGCAGCCAGCGGCGCGCAGGCGAAGGCCUCGCCAAACUCCUGUAGGUCCAGGGCGGCUGUCGGCUCCAGGCGCGCCGCCAGCCAGGCGCCGCACGCCUCCUUGACGGCCGGGAACUGGAGCAGGUCGGCGGCGCGCAGGAGGCGCUCGGCCAGCUCCGGCCCUCCCGGCGGCGUCACCCGGCCCGUGUAGGCGAAGUCCAGCAGCAGUGCCAGGCACUCGGGCUCCACGCCGUGCAGCCACACCCGCGCCGCUCGCGCCUCCCGCCGCCGAACAUGGCGCGGAAGUAGCCCGAGGCCUCCGCCAGUACCCUGCCUCACUGAGAAAGGGCUGGAAGGCGGCCAGCCACAUCCCAACGUAUGCGUGUGUCAAUCACGCAUGCGUGGCUGAGGGGGCCGCUGAAAAGCCGGAGAUCCACCUGUUUAAUGAAAGUAUGGCCGGAGCGCGGAGACGGCCCCCUUUUGCAGAAAACCGGAGAUGAGGGACACUCGACUUCAUAUCCUUGUUGUAAACUCCCUAGAGAGGCAUCUGGCUGGCCGACAUUAGAAACAGAAUGCUGGGCUAGAAAGAUCUGUGAUCUGAUCAAGCAUGGCAGGUCUCUUCACCCAUAGUUAACACUGAUCAAUGUAUGUAAAGUCUGCAUACGAUUGGCCCAUGCUGGUGAAAUUGGCUUUACCGAUUUCAUUGGGGGAAAAUUAGGCAUAGUAGGAUAGCUGGGUCACACAUGCAGCUGGGCUGAUGUUGCAGCCCUAUACACACUUGCCUGGGAGUAAGCACUAUUGCGCUCACAGGGCUUUAUUCCGAGCAGACAUGUAUAUGAUUGCACUGAAAGCUUUUGUUAGAUGUGUUGUUAAAUUUGUAUAACGAUAAAUGCAGCUAAAUGGCUGGUACAUUUUAUGAAGAAAUUGAAUUUUUUAUUUUUACAAAAGGCUGAAAUAAAAUUUACUUGUACUUAAUUGCACAGAUUGUCAGUAAAGUGCUACAAAAUUAUUUCUUGUGCCUUUCAAAAAGAGAUCAGGUUAUGUGUCAUGAGAGGUGGCAUUUGUAAUCUUCUUACCAUGUUUUCUGAGACUUUUUCCAUGUGCCUACAUAACAGUAUCAUGUUGCUUUGAACUGUCUGCAGUCAUUUUUGUUUUAUACUGUGCUCCCAAAGUGUAGUCUAGAUUUCAGAUGGGCCAUGAGUAAGAUAUGCAGUGAGCUUACUGGUAUACUGCCUAAACUGGGUUUGUUUUAUUUUGUGUAUGUAGUUGUCAUGUGUAAAGAGUUUUUUAAAUGUAACAUUAGAUCCUAAUCUGGACACUUUAUUACUUUUUAUAAAUAUGAUAUGUAUUCAUGGAUCCUCAAUUACUUUAAGUAAGGGUUUCAAAGGUCUGUUAUCCAUCUGUAUUGGCUCUGGAAGGGAAUUUUGUUGGAAGUAUCUACUUAGUCAUUUCAAUGAUUUGGAAGUUUAACCUCAGUUCCUGGCCAUGGCUCACCGGUUUUCGAAAGAAGACAUAGACGAACAGUUUGAACAUUUUUUAAGAGAGUCUCUUUCAGAUGAUUCGUUUGGAAAUGAGCAAAAGAAAAAAUCCAGCAUUCCUGAUACUUUGGGGCAGGCCACAAACAAGGAAAUGAAGAAGAAUUCUGUGCCAUGGUGGCUAUCUGAGGAUGAUUCGAAUGAUGGAAUCCGCGGUACAAGUGGUAGCUUCCUGAAGUCACGAAGGCCUUCUCAUGCUAUCGUGGAAGUGGAUGAAGAUCAUGCAGGAGGCAUUCAGCUCCAGCAGACUCAUGGGGUUUCUGGUUCUUUAAGCAAAGAUAGCCUGGAAACUAAUGAUUCAGUUGUGGCUUCUGGCCCUAAUGAGAAUUUUUUGGGAGCUGGAUUGGAUACUUUGGAAGAACAAGAAGAAAAGGAGAAGUUCUUUGCUGACCUUGAGAAAGAAGCAUCAUCUACCAUAGACUAUUCAAAAUUAAAUAAGGAACUGGAUUCCAAUGAUUCUGAAGUAUUACAAGCAUUUCUACGAAACCUCUCGGAAGUAAAACUGAUAGAAGAAGGAAAUGAAGAUGAAGCUAAGAAUCAUGAAAAAUCUGGUGAUUACAAUGAGGAUUUUGAAGAAGAUUCUGAAUCUAAUGAAGAGAAUAAAGUUAAGCAUGCUGUUGUGUCAGAAGUUAAUGAGGAAAAGACUGGCAUGCUGGCUAAAGUUGUCCUUCUUGAUUCCCAAGACUCAAUUCUGGAAACUCAAAAAGCCAGUGAACAGCAGGGUGCAGACGUGACGGACCAUCCUGUAGCUCAAGAAACCACUGCAGAUGAAAUGAAUGGAACCGGUAUUUCCUGUGGGCAAACCAAUAGUGAUAUUGAAGCUUUGCAUCAGGCCUACUGCCAUAUUGAGCAGUCCUUGGGAGAUUCUGAUGAGCAAAGAAUUCAUGCUGGUAAAAUAGAAGAGAACUUGAUCAAAGAUGUUUCACAGAAUACAGAUGGCUGUCCCAAACAUACCUCCACUACUGAUUCUGAUCUGCCCACUAUAGAAGAACUGAUGAAACCUAUCAGAGCUGAUUCAUAUUUUGCCAGGGAUCCUGCAAGUUCUGUGAAAGCAACACACAACGGCACAGAUGAAUUAGUGAGCCAUUUAACGUUGAAAGAGGAUCAAAAUGAUAAUUCUCAGAAAAAGCAAAACAUUGGCGGUUUGUCGGAGCAGCAUAGUGAACAAGUGACUGUUUCUGUUCAGCCUGUUGCAGAAGAAGAUAGUGAAUUUAGAACUUAUCAAACGGCUGGCAAGGAGAAACUGGCUGAUAAGAUCAAAUGUAAUAUGUUGAGAAAAAAUAAUCUUCCAAAUUCUUCAGUGUUGCAUCAAGACAACAAAACUAACCAGAUUCGUCACUCUAGCACUUGGAAUAAAGAUGGUCUAACUUCAGUGAUGAACAAACAAGUAAUGUUCAAGAAUGCCAAAAACACUGUACAUAGAAAGAAAUAUUUAGGUGGACCUCAUAGCUCUGUUAGGAGUUCUGGAUAUGGAAAAUCCAGUUCUCCAUUAAAGCACAUUCCCACAAUUAAUGAGAAGACAUUAAAGGAAAACAUCAAAAAGCCAGCUUUAAAAGCAAAAUCGCCUCCAAGGCAAAAAGAAACAUUUUCUGGAACUAUGACAAUGCAGACAACAAACAAUCUAGUUUCUACAAAGAGAAAUUACUGUGCUACACCUGGACAGUCAUCUGCAAGUAGUCUUCAACAACCAACUAAAGAAAGUGGCUCUUGCAUACAGACCCACAAUAUUGCCUCAUAUCUUCCCUCCCAAAAUAGUGGGAGGGAGCUGUAUUUACUAAAAAGAGUUCAGGAAGCUGAGGAAAAAUUGGCUGCAGCCCAUGAUUUGAUUCAGAAUCUAAAAGCCACAUGUUUGCAAAAGGAGAAGGAACUGGAGACAAAGAUCCUAGAAAUGAAAAUGCAACAAGAUGAAGACCUUUUUCAGCUAAACCAAGAAAAUUAUGUUCUUCAAACGCAGCUGAACAAUAGAGAGGACCUGAACAAGGGAACAAAGUGGUCACAAGUUUUGGAAAGAAUUCCUGAUGAUGGAGAAAUGCUGAAAGAAAUCCAAAAAGAAAUUGAAAAUCAGGAGACUCUUCUUCAAGGAUAUCAACAGGAAAAUGAAAGAUUAUAUAAGCAAGUAAAAGAGCUACAGCUAAGUAACAAGAAAAAUGAGGAAAAUAUGUUUAAAGAGAACCAGCGUUUGAUGUCUGAACUGGCAUCCUUACGAGAAGAAAGGGAUAAAAAUAACAUUUUAUCAUGUGGAGCACAGAUUGCUGAAUCAGCUGGGAAUCAGAGUUUCACUGACUUGCUUUUAGAACUUCGAGCAGCCAAGGCUGUAGAAACCAAUUUGCUUGAAGAGAGGAAGCGUUUAAGACAAGAUAAACAAGCCCUUGAAGUAGAUUUGGUGAAGGUGAAGAAGGAACGAGAUUUGGCAAGAACGCAGAUUGCUUCCACUUCAGCUGAAAAAUCAUAUGAGAUGAAGAUUAUGGAAGAAUCCUACAAAGCCGAAAUUGGUCGUUUGCAGAAAAGGCUCCAGUGGUAUGCAGAAAAUCAGGAGCUCUUGGAUAAAGAUGCAGCUUGUCUUAGAGGAGCUAAAGAAGAGAUUGAUAAGCUGAAGCUAGAGGUUGAUAAGCUUAGAAGUGAAGCUGGGAAUCAGUCUGCACAACAAAAGAAGCGGUUGAAGGACAGGGCAGCAGACGCUAAACGAAUUCAAGACCUUGAGCGACAGGUCAAAGAAAUGGAAGGGAUACUGAAACGAAGACACCCAAAUUCUUUGCCAGCUUUGAUAUAUGCUGCUGCUACAGCCACAGGAGCUUCUGCGGGAGAUGGUGAUCCUUCAGCAAAAACGAAUACAGUGGAUUUUCUUGAAAGAAGAGUUAAGAAGUUAGAAGCCGAACUUGAGGGUAAAGAUGAUGAAGCCAAAAAAAGUCUCCGUGCUAUGGAGCAGCAGUUUCAAAAAAUAAAGCUUCAGUAUGAGAAGAGGAUUGGUGAGCUUGAACAGCUGCUGGCAUAUAAGCUGCUGAACGAACCACAAAAACUUCAAGACAAGGCAGCCAGCCUUGAGGCUUUUGAACAAGAACUUUGUAGUGUAAAAGAAGCCCACCAGAUCACAGUAAAAAAUCUUCAAGCUGAAAUUGAUUCUCUUAAAAACCAGAUAGCUCAGCUAGAGCUCCAGAAGAAAACAACAGAAGAUGGAGACCUUCAAUCACUAGAGUACCAGGUGGAGCAAGCUCACACUAAAGCUAGGUUGGUAAGACUAAAUCAGGAAAUGAUUGCCAAGAACAGAGAGAUACAAGACCUCACAAAAACUGUAGAAAGGCUUCAGAAAGAGAGGAGAAUUAUGCUCUCUGAUAAGGAUUCAUCCAGCAAAACUGUCGAAAAAGAAAAGCCUCCAGGAAUCUUGAAAAAGCAUAUUGUCAAACCUAGUCAAAUGAACCCCAUAAAUGAAGAGUUCUUUCCUGGCACACUUGAUGACAAAAUAUACCAACCCGACACCUUUGCUGAUUCUCAUGUUUCAGAAGUUCUGCAACAAAACAGCCAACUGAAGGAUGAGGUAGAAAAGUUGACUCUAGAACUAAGCAAAGAAAAGCUAAAAUCUCAAGCUGCACUGACAAAUUCUGAAAGUCUUGUAAGAAGGGCAAUGGAAGAUUCAGAAGAAUAUAUCGCAGCCCUUAAAGCAUCACAUCAAAAGGAAUUAGAGAAGGUUCUUUGUCAGUAUGCUAUGGAGCAUUCUACUUCCAAAGUAGCUGGAUUAAAUAGCAAAAUUUCAGCACAGGAGGUUCUUAUUAAACAUCUUCAACAACAAGUUUGUGAGUUGCAGGGAGAUCAAGAAGCCCUUUCAGUUUCACGAAAGCGGGAGGAAAUUCUUCAGAAAGAGAUGGCAAAAUUGUUAGAAGAACUUGGAGAGGCAAGAGAGAGCCAGACACCAGAGAUGAAACGUUUUGUAUGUCUAGAAAGGAAGAUCAAACAAUUGGAAGCCAGAUAUGACCAAAAAGAGCAAGAAGUUCAGCAGGUAAUUCAGCAAACACGGUAUAUUGCAGAAGUUGAGCAAAUCCAGGAAACUGAGAAAUGGCGGAAGCUUGCCCUGUUGAAGAAUCAAGAGCUUGAGAAAUUUCGCAUCGAACUGGAUUCAAUGUUGGAUGUUUUACGGCAACUGCAGAAACAGGGUGUUAUCAUUCCAGCAGUUGGCUCAAACAUACCUGAAAGUUACUGGAAGAUUUGAAAGCACCUUACUUAAUCAGAGGAACAGUUUUAAUAAAGACAGAAAUACGCUGAAAGCAUUCCAUAAAGGUCAUUCAUUUUAAUUUUUAGUAUUGUGCCCAGGUUUCUACUGUAUAAACCUAUCCCAAUUCUUGCUGAUUUGUUUUUAUUGUAUAUAUUAAAUAAU